AUGCCCCCUCAGAUUCCCAAUGAAAAUGAUGAUCUCUUUACAAGGUGGCUUAAGUCUCGGGCCAUCAUACAAAGGGCAGUAUCGACAAGAGAGUGCUUUGACUCAGAAGUAUUUCUGGCGUCUGGUGGCUGGAAUAUAACGAAUGAGAUAAUAACGUUAAAGAAAUAUUAUCAACUCAAGUGGCCAAACUCCAGUUGCAAUUCGUUUCAUCCAAAAACCGUGGAGUUUAUUAAAGAACGAUUACACAACCUAGAAGAACAUGACUCUUCAUGGAAAAUCCCAAAUCCUGCUUACUCAUUCAAGAAAGCCUUCUUGGAGGAUACUAAAUCUGCAUUUUCCAACUUAGAACCCGUCUGGGGACCAUCAAGGCUUUUGAAUCCAGCUGAAUUACUAUUGCCACAGGACGAAAAACUACUUGUUCAAGAGAUACCACUAGAGUUCGCACCUUUUCAAUACACAAAUAGGUUUGCUUAUGGUGGUUUGCAGUUCAAGAACAAUUUGUUCGUCACUUAUGGGAGUUAUUCCUUCCUGGCUGCCGGUCAAUGCGUCGAAGUUCAUAAUUUCGAUAUACUAUUGAACGUUUCGUCAUUAGAAAUAUGUCACGCCUUAUUGCCCGUGAUAAUACCAGAUGACGGAGAUGUAAGAAACUUCCGCAAUUCAUCAUAUGUGAAAUUUAAGGAUACACAGUUCAACAGCAUACCUGAACUAUGUUCUAUCAACUUUAUGAAGAUUUGUAACUUCAUGCAUCAAGAUUUUCUACUAGCUUGCGGUGACAACGGAAUCGUUUAUAUCUGGGAAAUCAACAAAGUUAUUAAGAUAUUUAAUAAAUUUACUUCGGAUAUCUUGGGAGGCAAAGAUAACAGCCGGGAAAGAUACAUAAAUGUUGAUCCAUAUAUGGUGUUAAGAGUAGAGGAAUCUUGUUGGAGUGUUGAUGUAAUAGAUAUAAAUGGCAUCAUAUAUAUCGCUGUUGGCCAUAACAAGCCUGGAGUUACAGUCUUUGCAUUCGAUAAAGAUGUAAAGAAGGAAAGACGGUACAUUCGGCCUCUAGAUCUUCCCUCAUCUCACAAUGUUCCUUGUGUUAACUUUGUUCCUAAUUCAAAAGAUUCUGUUGGAUAUAUUACAUUAAGUUAUUGUUCUAUAUUUGGGAAUGUUGUUACCGUUAAAUUAAAGGAGCAUGAUUGUACCAUUUUAACGAGUUUCCUUGAUACUCAAUUUUUUGGCGACGACUUAUGGACAAUAACUCCACUGACUAAGAAGGAUUUUGCGAAAGUUGACAAUUUCGAAUUGUUGAAUCUUAACUACCAAGACGGUUUCAAAGAAAGCAUGUUAUAUUCUAUUUGCCGAGAUGAUUUUUUACUUGGGUAUUACUGUGAUAACGCCUACCUCUCUGGGAAUUUCGGUAUUGGUACAUUACUCAAUCAAUUUCAGGUUCCUGUCACAGACCUACGACUGACUUCUUCAGCAGGGAUCCCCGAUGAAGUUAUACCAUUAAGAUUUACCUCAUUUGAUAGAAAUUACACUACAACGGGCUCGAUAAAAUACGAGUACAGCAGAGAGGAUUUUGCACUUAUUUUACAUGCCGGUGACUUAGACGAUAUGAAUGAUGCAGUGACAAAAAACACCUCAUGUGAACAGCAUUUACACCAAUGGACAUUUUGGGAGGAUUCUGGUUAUAAACAUUAUCGUGCUACUGAGCGUGGAUUUUCGAAAUACAAGGAUAUUAUUAAUACUUUUCCACAGUUGAUAACUCCUAGUGGAAGAAAUAAAACAUCGCAAUAUCAAAACACUUCUGGGAGAAAGAUCUGUGAGCCGUCUACUUAUAAACUUACUGAUCUCGAAAAUGAUAUUGAAGAUAUAUCUCGCGAAUUUAAUAGAAGUAUUCGUAAUUUGAAAAUGGAUAAACAAAGACAACUACGAACUUCAAAAGAGUUCAAAUCGCUAAGUUCAGUAAAUCAUAUACCAAAUAUUGAAUCGGGAAACUUUUUAUGGUACAACACCGAUGCCGCUGCCGAUUGGAGAACACUUUUUGGCAAGGAUUUGAACACGGUCUUGAAGGACCCAGAAAUUUGUAGCCUUCAACUGAACUCUACAGAAGAGGACGAUGUCAAUAGCGACCCUGAAAAUGAAGAAUCUGGUAGCAGCUUAACAAGUUUCCAGCGAAGAUAUAGGGAUACUGAACAGCGUGCUCACUUGAAAUCAGAAUCGCAGAAAUCUUGGGGGUUCCACAACUAUGUAAGAAACGUCAAGCGGUUAUUAGAGUCAGCAGUACCGGGCUCAGAAGAUUCGCCUCUUGGGUAUCAACUAUCCGAAAUGCACGACGAGUUCUUCUUCCUAACCACAGCCCAUAGGCUGGUGUUGAUGAAAGCAAAUCCACUCAUAAUUAUAUCAGCAACUCAUCAUGAGAUUUUUCCCUUAGAUGGUGUUGUGACGUGUGCUUCCAAGUCGCUGCUCCAAGCACUAAACAGAAUAAAUUUUGUGUGUCACAUCAAAGAACUAAAUUGCAUAGCCGUGGCUUCACAAUUGGGUCUCAUUUCAUUACUAAGACUAACAGAGUACAGAGGCAUCUAUUCGUUUAGACAAGAGUAUAUUCUUGGAUGGGAAGUCCAAGACCCUGUUAACCCUAGUCCAGAGUGCAGAUGUAACAGGAACUUGUUUGACGCACCAAUGUAUGGUGCAGAUGGAGAGAGCUCGGACACAUACUGCGGCGUGUGCGACGUCUAUUUCCCCAUGGGUGAUAUUUGCGGACUAGAUUACACUUAUGCAUCUGACAGUGAAGAGUUAAAACGUAAGGGAUAUGCUACCUUAUACGUAGCAUCAAGAGGCUCCUUGAGGGCAUUCAAGAUCACAACUGAGCAUGGAACAACUCAACAAUAG